AUUCCGUCCUUCUGAAAGCUUCCUCCUCCCCCAAACCACGACCACACCCUUCCCCCCCCCGGCUCCCCACCCCCAAAAAAUUCUGUUUCUGGUUCUUCUGCAAUCCAAUCUGUCUGUUGCACGUUUUGCACAAUCCCUGUUCUUUCCAUCGCUAUUCCUCAUCUUUUUCUGUUUCUGUCUUGCGCACCGUCGAUCCUCCCAAAAUCACCCGCAGCUGCUGCCGGGGAUCCGCCAUGAGCGUCCUACUAGAAACCUCUCUCGGCGACAUCGUCAUUGAUUUGUUGGUCGAUGAGUCGCCUAAGGCUUGUGAAAACUUCCUGAAGCUAUGCAAAGUCAAGUACUACAAUUUCUCGCCCGUCCACAGUGUUCAGAAGAAUUUUACUUUCCAAACCGGUGACCCCUUGGGUCCUGACUCUUCUGAGAGCGAUGGCGGAUCCUCGAUUUGGGGCUUGUUGCAGGGUCCCUCCCAGCGAACCUUCUCCCUUCCGAUUCCUCCCAAAUUAAAGCAUGACGAGCGGGGAACUGUGAGCAUGGCAACGGUUGCUUCUCCUAAUGACCCGGAUCUGCGCAUUGCCGCUAGUCAGUUCAUCAUCACUCUCGGAGAGAGCCUGGAUUACUUGGACGGUAAGGCGGUGAUCUUCGGCAAGGUGGUAGAAGGAUUUGAUGUCCUAGAGAAGGUCAACGAAGCCUUCAUCGAUGAUCGCGGGCGCCCACUCAAGGAUAUCAGGAUUCGUCAUACUGUGAUCCUCGAUGAUCCUUUCAGUGACCCCCCGGGGUUGGUGGAGCCUGCGGAGAGCCCUGUGCCUUCCAAGGCACAAUUAGCUACAGUGAGGAUCGCAGAUGACGAGGACCUGGAUGACAACAUGGACGAAGAGGCAUUGGAGAAGCUACGACGGGAACGUGAGGCAAGAGCUCAGGCGUUGACCUUGGAAAUGGUAGGUGACCUUCCAUUUGCUGAGGUCAAGCCACCAGAAAAUGUAUUAUUCGUCUGCAAGCUGAAUCCAGUCACUCAAGAUGAGGAUUUGAACCUAAUUUUCAGUCGUUUCGGGCCGAUUCUCUCGUGUGAGGUGAUCCGAGACAAGCGGACAGGUGACAGCCUACAGUAUGCAUUUAUCGAAUUCGAGAAUCAAAAGGACUGUGAGCAGGCCUACUUCAAGAUGCAGGGUGUCCUGAUUGACGACCAUCGCAUCCAUGUUGAUUUCUCACAAAGUGUGUCAAAAUUGUCCGAAAGCUGGCGUAACGCAACCAUCUCUAAGCGCAGUGGUCAGCGGGGUGGGUUUGGUGGUGUAGCCGGACUCGAGAAGAAGCGCCAGUAUCGGGCGGCUGACAACAACAAUGCACGUCGCCGCGAAGACUAUUCCAUGGUAUUCGACAAAAAAGAGCCUGGGCGCCAGUCUGCUCCUCGUCGCGAUAGAUCAUACAGCCGGAGCCCUCAACGGAACGAGCGCCGUGAUAGACGAGCCAGUCGAAGCCCCCGGCGAGGCCCGUACCGUAGUCGUUACCCCGCUCAAUCGCACAGCAGGAGUCCAGUACGGAAGGACUCCUACGGCGAUCGGCGGUAUGAGCGUCGUGACGACGAUAGGUAUCGGGACCGACGACGCCGAUGAUGUACUUAGUAAGAAGAUGAGACCUCAAAGGCUAUGAAUGACG